CCAGAAAGUGAUAAUACUACUGAAGAAUUAUUAAGAGAUGGUCAUAUAAAUACGAAGUAUGCGAAGGAUGGGAUUCAAGGUUUCUUUGCUGUCCGAAUUGCCAGUUCGAAUGCCAAAGCCAUUGCGAGGUAUUUCGAAUUAACAAUGGGGUUCAAAGAAAUUGCGUAUAAAGGGCUAGAGACCAGACUGACCAAGUUAGCGAGCCAUGUAUUGAAGAAUGGGAAUGUUCUAAUAGAAGUUACGAAUACAUUAACCAAGGUGGAGGAAAACUAUCCGAAUUAUCCCAAUAAUCAAAUUAUAAACUAUCAAACAAUAAAAGAAUCAAUGAAUGAAGAAAUAUUAAAUAAAUUACAAAAAAUUGUCUUUGAAAUUGGAGGGAAAUAUAUUGGGAUCAUGAUGGGCCAUAAUACGGAACUGGUAAAUUAUGAAAUUGGAAUAAACAAUUUCACUUCCUCAGUCACGAGAUUGGCGGAGUAUAAAGAGAUUAUCAGGGAUUACCAAACAAACUUGACCAAAAUAACUGACUUAACAGAAAAACUAUUGUAUGAUAUUUUUGAUGGAUAUGCGAUACAAGAAUUUCUUCUGACCCAUGGAGAAGGAGUUUACGAUAUAAUGUUGACGGUGGAAGAUGCUGACUGCAUUUUCAAAAGGGCCACUCGAGCCGGGGCCAAAAUAGUAAAGCCGCCAAAAGUAUACUCGGAUCGUCAAGGAUCAGUUAAAAUGGCAACGAUUCAAAUUCCCCAAACUGAUAUUCAACACACAUUAGUUGAAAAUAUUGAUUACAACGGGGAGUAUUUGCCGGGGUAUGGGAGAUCUUUAACAAAAGACGUAAUCUUUGAUAAGGCUUUAACAAAACUACCACCAAUUAACUUAGUCAAAAUAGAUCAUUGCGUUGAAAACUAUACUUGGAAUCAAAUGAUGGCAAAAGCUGAAUUCUAUGCUCAAAUAUUGGGGCUCCAUAAGUAUUGGUCCGUUGAUGAACAGGAUGUUUCCACCGGAGAAACCGCCUUAAGGUCAAUUGUUAUGGCUUCGAGUAACGGACAAGUCAAAAUACCAAUCAACGAACCGGCAAAGGGUAAGAAAAAAUCUCAGAUUGAAGAAUUUUAUGAUUUCAACGGAGGCCCCGGGGUCCAGCAUCUUGCAUUAAGAACAUAUGAUAUCUUGGAAUGUGUAAGACUGAUGCAAAAAAGAGGUAUUGAAUUCAACACCACUUCCCAACGUUAUUACACCAAUUUGAAAUCAAGAUUACAAAAAGACCGCAUUGAACUAUUCGAAGAAAUCAAAGAUAUCGAAAAUUACGGGAUCUUAGUUGACUACGAUCCGUCUACAAAGUACAUAUUCGACGAAGAGCACGGUCGUUAUCGCUGUAAUUACAUUCUACAAAUCUUCACCAAGCCAAAUCAUGACCGACCAACUUUAUUCAUUGAAAUCAUCCAGAGACAUCACCAUAACGGAUUCGGCAAGGGCACCUUCAAAGGCCUUUUCGAGACCAUCGAGGAACAACAACGCUUGAGGGGUACUCUUACUGAAAGCGACUAAGGUAAGUAUUGCUUGUGUAUUGGUUUUAUAGUAAUAUAGGUAUAAAUGCUGCAACAAUGUCGCCCGCGACAUUCAUCCCUAUCAAAGUAACCUUCAGACGAGAAGCCAAUCCUUGAUCGAGAAGUGGCGAUCCAACGAUGAGUCCGGGGUUUGGUUGAGAGAAUGAGCAAAGCAUCCGCUAAGCACGGUUUACACGGGUAUUUUAACUCAAUCUAGUUAAAGAUACAAACCGAUUAUAUUUAGUUGAGACAUGAUUUGC